AGAGACUUGUGGAUGCAGGCUAAACAGCUGGUGAGACAUUUGAAAGAGAAUCCGCAACUUGACUUUAAGAAGGACUGGAAACUCAUCACCGUGUUCUUCAGUAACACAAGCCAGUGUCACCUGUGUCCCUCUACCCAGCAGAAAAGACAUUUGAUAAGGAGCAUGGAAAAGAUGUGUGAGAUACUGGAUUACCUGCACCAGGAGGUUCCCAAAGCAUUUGUGAAUUUGGUGGAUCUCUCUGAGGUUUUGGCCAUGUCUCAUCAGCAUCAGACUGGGCUCAGCCCUGCACCAGAGCUUUGCAAUUGCUCAGAGGAGACAACCAAGUUGUCCAAGGCUGUCAUGCAGUGGUCCUAUCAGGAAGCCUGGGAAGGUCUCCUGGCCUCCAUCAAGUUCAACAAGCAUGAGUCCUUCACAGUGGUUUUCCAGCCUUUCUUCUAUGAGGUAGAACCACCUUCGGAGAGGUCCACACCCCAGGAUCCCAGAACACUUGCCCUCGGGAUCUGGAACAACAUGAUGAAACCAGUGGGCCACAAAGAUGAGCUAAUUGAUGCAGUGGAGAGGAAGACGAACUGCCCGUCUCAGGAGAGCCCCUAUCUGUUCACCUACAGAAAUAGCAACUACCAGACCAAACAGCUGAAACCCGUUGCAAAGCUUCAGGUGAGAGAAGGUACAGAAUUCAGCUGUUCUGACAAGAAGCCCUCGAACACAGUCCCCACAACAGUUCACAGGCUGAGGCCGGCUGACAUCAAGGUGAUUGCAGCAAUGGGUGACUCUCUUACGGCAGGCAAUGGGGCCGGGUCCAAGCCUGGGAACGUCGUGGACGUCCUAACUCAAUACCGAGGCCUGUCCUGGAGCGUCGGAGGAGAUGAGAACAUCAGGACCGUGACCACCCUGGCCAAUAUCCUCCGAGAAUUCAACCCCUCUUUGAAAGGCUUCUCUGUUGGCAUAGGGAAAGAAAACACUGCUGAAGCAUCCUUCAACCAGGCUGUAGCAGGAGCCAAAGCUGAAGGCUUGGUUACCCAGGCCCAAAGGCUGGUGAGUCUGAUGAAGGCAGACCCGACAAUAAACUUUCAGGAGGACUGGAAGAUAAUCACUGUGUUUAUAGGAGGCAAUGACCUCUGUGCUUCUUGCAAUGACCUGGUUCACUAUUCUCCCCAGAACUUCACAGACAACAUCAGGAAGGCCCUGGACAUCCUCCAUGCAGAGGUUCCCCGGGCCUUUGUGAACAUGGUGGAAGUGAUUGAGAUCAUCGGCCUGAGGGAAUUGUACAAAGAAACUCAAGUCAACUGUCCACGGUUGAUCCUCAGGAACCUGUGUCCUUGUGUCCUGAAGUUUGAGGAUGACUCGGCAGAAUUUGCCGCCCUGGUUGAAAGGAACAGGGAGUAUCAGAAAAGAACUGAAGAGCUGAUCAACAGCCGGCGAUAUGACACUAGGGAUGAUUUCACUGUGGUUCUCCAGCCAUUCUUUGAAAAUGUGGCCGUGCCGCGGACCCCGGAGGGCCUGCCUGACAACUCCUUCUUUGCCCCUGACUGUUUCCACUUCAGUGGCAAGACUCAUGCCCGCUCAGCUGUUGCCCUCUGGAGGAACAUGCUGGAACCUGUUGGCCACAAGACAAGACAAUAUGAUUUUGAAAACAAGAUCCCUAUCCUGUGUCCGAACCAGACCUUGCAAUUUCUGAGCACCUACAAGAACAGCAACCAGGAUUAUGGAACCUGGACAUUAUGCAAGGACAGAGCCCCUUCUGCCUCACCACCAACCUCAGUGCAUGCCCUGAGGCCUGCAGACAUCAAAGUUGUGGCAGCUCUGGGAGACUCUCUGACUGCUGGCAAUGGAAUCGGCUCCCAAGAAGGUGACCUCUCCGAUAUCAGCACACAGUAUCGAGGACUGUCAUACGGUGCUGGUGGAGAUGAGUCCCUGGGGAAUGUGACCACCUUGCCCAAUAUCCUACGGGAAUUUAAUGGAAACCUCACAGGCUACGCAUUAGGCAUCGGUGACGUCAAUUCUACAAGUGCAUUCCUUAACCAGGCUGUUCCUAGGGCGAAAGCUGAGAACCUUGCAAGCCAAGUCCAGACUCUGGUUCAGAAGAUGAAGAAUGAUCAGAGAGUGAACUUCUUCCACGACUGGAAGGUCAUCACCAUCAUGAUCGGGGCCAGUGACUUGUGUGACUUCUGCACGGAUUCGAAUCGGUACUCUGCAGCCAACUUUUUUGACCAUCUCCGCAAUGCACUGGACAUACUGCAUAGGGAGGUACCCAGAGCCCUGGUCAACCUCUUGGACUUCAUGAACCCCAGUAUCAUACGGCAAGUGUUCCUGAAGAACCCAGACAAGUGCCCAGUGCAUCAGGCCAGUGUUCUGUGCAACUGUGUUCUGACCCCUGGAGAGAAUUCCCCUGAGCUGGCCAGGUUGGAGACCUUCACCAAGUCCUACCAGAGUAGCAUGCUCCAGCUGGUUGAGUCAGGCCGCUACGAUACCCGGGAGGACUUUACUGUGGUGUUGCAGCCCCUUUUCCUCAACAUCAGGCUCCCUAUCCUAGAGGAUGGGCAUCCAGAUACCUCCUUCUUUGCCCCAGACUGCAUCCUCCCUAACCAGAAGUUCCACUCUCAGCUCUCGAGAGCCCUUUGGGCCAAUAUGCUUGAACCUCUGGGAAAGAAAACAGAUACUUUGGACCUGGGAGCAUUCAUAGCCAUGGCCUGUCCGACACAGGAUGAGCCCUUCCUGAGAACCUUCCGGAACAGUAACUACACGUACCCUACCAAGCCAAUCAUUGAGAACUGGGGCAGUGACUUCCUAUGCACAGAGCAGAAUCCUUCCAGCAGCGUACCCAGGUCAGUCCAUGAGCUCCGACCAGCAGACAUCAAGGUGGUGGCAGCACUGGGUGACUCUCUGACUACAGCCUUAGGAGCUCGACCAAGUGAGUCCAGCAAUUUAACCACUCCCUGGAGGGGACUGUCCUGGAGCAUUGGAGGAGAUGGAACGUUGGAGACCCAUACCACACUGCCCAACAUACUGAAGAAGUUCAACCCCUCCAUCCUUGGAUUCUCUACUGGUACCUUGGAAGCGACGGCAGGAUUGAAUGUGGCCCAAGAAGGGGCCAGAGCUCAGGACAUGCCAGCCCAGGCCCAAGCUCUGGUAGAGAGAAUGAGAAACACACCUACGAUCAACCUGGAGGAAGACUGGAAGCUGGUUACUCUCUUCAUCGGGGUCAAUGACCUGUGUCAUUACUGUGAGAACCCGGAAAAUCACUUGGCCGAUGAAUAUGUCAAGCACAUCCAGCGGGCCUUGGACAUCCUCUAUGAGGAGCUUCCCAGGGUUUUCAUCAAUGUGGUGGAGGUCAUGGAUCUGGCUGGCCUGCACCAGGGCCAGGAUGGGCAAUGUGUCAUGCCACUCGCAGUUCAGAACUGCAGUUGCUUUAAACACACUCAAAGUCCCAUGGUGAUGCAGGAGCUAAAGAAAGUGAACUGGAACCUCCAGAGUGGCAUCUCCAGGCUCUCCUAUGGGCACCAGUACAUGCAGCGUGAGGACUUUGCAGUCGUCGUACAGCCUUUCUUCCGGCAAACUCUCAUCCCACUGAAUGAGCAAGGGGACAUGGACCUCACCUUCUUCUCUGAAGACUGUCUCCACUUCUCAGAACGUGGACAUGCUGAGAUGGCCAUUGCUCUCUGGAACAACAUGCUGGAACCAGUGGGCCGUAAGACGACCUCCAAUAACUUCACAUACAGCCGAACCAAACUCAAGUGUCCUUCACCUGAAAGCCCUCUCCUCUAUACCCUUCGGAAUACUCAGCUCUUCCCAGACCAGGCGACUGAAGUAUCAUCCUCCAAGGUGCUGUACUGGGCAGUGCCAGUGGCGGCAAUAGGUGGCUUGGUAGUUGGCAUCCUUGGGGUGAUGCUGUGGAGAGCCCUGAGACGCUCCUAAAAGGAGGUUCUUUCUGCAAGUCCAAAUGCUGCCAGUUUCUAGGACACUGAAUGGAUCUUCACCCAAAUUCCCAGCUACACUCCUCAUCUGGCCUUCAACUGCAGCAGCCCUGGACACUGUGGCCAACCUUGCUUCUGUACCUGGUGCCCUCAGAAGCCAAAGGGACUGUCACGACUUCUUGGGAACUUGGCUGCUCCCAGGUUUAUAGAGGGUCAGAGCUCUUAAUGAAAGACUGCUUUUAUUCUUAGCUUAGCCUGGUCCUUGCCCUCACCCUCUAUCUGAUGCAUAUACAGGUAUGGGAGCCAGAGUGUCUUUAACCCUAUACCAGGUAGGGUUGGGGGUGGAGGUAUAAGACCAGAGUCCAAACUGGCCCUGUCCAGCUCCAUUACAGCCCUAUGACAAGCAUAUCUUGUCACUCACCAAACCCAUAAUUUCAAAAGAAAUGAAAGCACUGAUUACCUGAUGGUAGCUGGAAUCUGGGGCUGACUGAUCAUUGUUCUAUUGCACUCAGCACCUGUCAUGCCUUGUGUCCAAUGGGAGUCUUGUGAUGGCUUCUGAGCUAGGCAUGUCACAGCCUGGCUGGUAAGACAUACAUCUUCCAACAAAGAGGAGGCUCUUUGAUAAUGUAGUUGAUCACUGGUAGAUGUGUCUGGUUGCUCAGGGAGUUUCCCUGGAAGAGAGUAUGCCAUUUUGGAAGAAAAUGAGAUAGGGAUGUGAAUUAUGCCAUGUCCCUUUAACCUGAUUUUCAAAUGGUGCUAAUUUUAGGUAGGUAAUUUCUAGUUCUACAUUAACUGAUGUCUGAGAUAAUCUGGAUUAAAUCUGAAAACACAGACCAUUGGUUCGGGGCAAGGCCAGAGCUGCAAACCUCAUAUACAUUCUCCCUUUUAUCUGUACAAAACCCCCAGGGUUUGAAAAAUGGCAGUGGUGAUCAUCACUGCAAAUGCACUAAAUGCCAAUGAGUUCUUUUAAAAAAUUAUUGUAUGCUGUGUUAAUUUCACCUCAAAGAAUCCAGAAAACCUGCAUGAUCAUCUUCAUGUUAAGCAUCUCUAUAAUUCCAAAGCAUGGGAUGAUGGCACAAGUUAGAACCCCAUCUAUUCAAAUUCUGUUCUCAUGCUUAACUUCUCAGAUUUGAUAUCAAUAAAACUGGAAUGCAAGCACUCAUUUUUCUUGCCUCACAGCACUUUUGAAAAGCAGAUUAUACAAAGGUACUUGUUAUCCCAAAACACUGCACAAAUGAAAACAUGUCAUUUUUAUAAAAGGCUGAGGCAAAACCCUGAGGAUGAGCCCUUGGUACUGGGCAAUACUCUCAAGGGAUGGAGACUGACUGAAUUUCUCUCCUGGGAGUUCAACAUCUCUUUUUGGGAAGAUAAACAAGAGGGGCCAUGCUCAGUGUCUGUGUUCUCCUGGGCUUCCGUUUCUGACACUAUUAAUAGUGUAUUGCACCCUGUUCAUUCCCUGAGCUGUAUCAACACAUCCCUAGGUGCUUCUCAUUUGAGAUGAUCUCACAACAACCUAUUAAAUCUAUGAGUUCCGAACCAUGUGCCUUCCUUUUCUCCCAGUCCCCAUUCCUCUUUCCACCCCAACCCCAGAGAACACCUGACUCAAAAACCUAACACACUAAACACCAACAUGGCAGUACAAGUGGAAAAUUCCAUGCCUGGCCCUAUAUGUCAGGUGCGUUGAAACACUGUGUGGAGUUACCUGCAUACUACUUGUAAUUGGUUUGUCUGAAACAAAAGUGGGUCUCAUCUUUAUACUUCAGUUGUAUCCUUAAGGUAUCAACUACAUACAUACAAACACUCAAAAAAUACAGAAUCCAAAACACUCAGAUAUCACACAUUUUGGAUGAGGGACUCAGGAUCUGUGUCAUUGAAGGUGUGCCAUGUUCUUUUAGGUAAACAAUCUAGGACUACACCCAAAGCCACACCAUGAACAAAGCCAAUAAUUUCCAGGGAUAUUAUCCUUUGUUGUAAGCCCCAUAGAAGCUUUUAAAUUCAUAAAGGAAAGAUUAAAGUGGAUUAAACCUAGUCAGAAUACUUCAGCAAGGCUUUUGGAACAUUAAUUGAGCUCUGAAAGAUGGAGUGAUGAUCUUGUUAGAGGCCUAAGGGGAAUAAUUGAACCAUUAAGACUGGUAAUUCUGCAUAGGUAGAGAAAGGGAUGUGCCUGGUCUUUAUCAGAGGUGAUGUCCGGGCAACCAGGAUAAAUGAUGAGUCAGCCACUCCGAGGACCAACGUGGAAAAGGCAAAGGGCUAGCAGUGACUUGUGGUUAUGAUUUGUGGCAGUAUCAGGAUGCCUCUCACUGGGAACUGUGAGUAAUAGUGAAAAAGAUUCAUUCAAAGCAAAGUGUUCUCAAGAAGGUUGAGGGCUGGGGCAGUCGUUCAGGUGACAGCGUGCUUACUGGAGCAAAUGAAGUCCUAGGUUGAAUCUCCUGCACCAGAUAAGCCAGAAGUGAUGGCACUAAGAAGUACAGGCAGGGGACUCAGAAGUCCAAGGCCAUCCUUGGCUACAUAGUGAUUUCAAAACAAGCCUGGACUACAUGAGACCUGAAGAGAGUCUUACUCUCAUGGGAGAGUAAGAAAGAGGACAAAAGAAAAUUGACAUCCUUGUAGCACUUGGAUCAGGCCAGACAGGCACCCUACCCCUUCUGGUCAUCACCUUCUUUGUACAGAGAAUAAAACCAAGAUUCAGAGAAGAGGGACUUGAUUCAGUUAUGUUUUCAUUACACACAAUGGAAGAUUAUUCCAUGGUAGAAUAAUAACCUCCAAAUAGAAAAUGACCACCAAGUCCAGCCAUGAGUUGAACCCAGCUGCAAAUGAAUCGUCUAUAAAAUCAAAUAAAAACUUAGAAACAUAGGACAUGACUAGCAUAGUGACAGUUCUAUCAUUCCCCUAAACAGUAUAGGGCAACCAGGAAAUGCAGAAGAGCUCACCUAGUUAAUAAUCUGUGAUUUUAAGAAUUAACUUCAAGCCAGGCAGUGGUGGCACACACCUUUAAUCCCAGCACUUGGUAGGCAGAGGCAGAAGCAGGUGGAUCUCUGAGUUCAAGGCCAGCCUGGUCUACAGAGCAGAAAGGCAACAUGGAGAGAAACCCUGUUUUGAAAAAACAAGAAAAAGAAACCCCACCCACCCAAAAUUAACUUCAAAGUUAAGAUUUGUAGCCAGUCUUUUCAUAAGCAAAACCAAACAAUCCCAGAGAGUGAGAAUCAGAUGUCACAAUUAGACCCAUGGCAUUUUACCUGAUGCAGCACUAAAGAGGGAUCACAGCUUUGUUACCUAAUGACAGCCAGGUUCUGAGAUUUCUGUAGUCAGAUGAUUGUGCCACCAUGAGAUCAUGGAGUGUGCUUACACAAGCCUAAACAGUAUGGGCCAACCAAGAAAUGCAACAGAGCUGGCCAUAGUGGUGUACAACUCCGGUCCCAACCCUGGGGAGGCUGAGGUAGGAGGGCCCAAGUUCCAUGCCAGCUUGGGCAACCCUAUAUAAUGAGAUGUUUUCUCAAAGAGAGGCAGAGAGAGAUGUGGGGAGUUGGGGAGCCACAAUGUAUGAGGUUCUUCAUUGUGUAUCAUGGGCAUACUGUUUUAU